UCGUGAUCUCACAUGUUCCACUUUACGCAGACGGAGAUCACGCGCCAGACUAUUACGCAGGGUUCUCAUUCAGCCGCACGAUGACCAAGUGCCAUGUGAUAGAGAAGAGAGGUGUGGAGAUCUCAUUCUACUAUGCGUGGACCUGCUCCUGGCCAUCUGAAGACGCGAUGCAAGUUAGACGAGUUGGAGAGACGCACCCUUCUAUUGGCGGUUGGACGGGCAUAUCAUUCGGUGGUGUCAAUAAGCACGCAAUCUCUUGUUCAAUAUAUUUAUAUUGAUAAAUCCUGUCGAUUAGAUUUCGUGUAUACAAUUUUUGGAAGCAAUCAAUAUCCAGCAGCAUACAAAAAAAAAUCAUGUCCGUAUACACGAAGAACAUGCUCAGCCAAAGGGCAAAGGAAUCUGAAUAUUGAGAUCCACCGCGUCGUGUUCAAUGUUUGUUCACCAAUACCUUAUUCUACUCUUCACGACGGUCACGCUAGUCGGUCGUUCCCGCAGCCUCGUGGGGGAUUAUCCGGGCAUGUUGGCCAUUGUCAAAUCUGUAUGGGCAAAAGGUGUGGACAAUCAUACGAAAAAGGAAGUGAUAUGUCGGAGACGCUUUGGAACGUCCACCAAACACCAAAGUGUGACAUACAUCUAGUCGGGGUUCCAACAGCUUAAAUACUGCUACCUGCGUCCCUCUACUUCUCUUCAACAUCCAUCGCACUUUCCUUCCAAACAUCUGCCAUAUAACUUGUGCAUUUAUAAGGCCUGGCGCCAUCAACAUUACAUCUCAAGCAUUCUAUCAUUAACUAUGGACCACUACGCGACUGAAAUGAGCCAAAGUUCCAUCCCAGGCCCGUCCCAAGACGAGCCU